GGCACGCCCUGCAGUCGCUCGAGAGGACAUAUAUCAUCUGGUCCAAGGCCACAAAACUAAAUUUUGGUCCACCGGAGCUGGAUUCCCCUUGGUCAGCGAAAGCAACUUUAUCUUUAUUAAGUACCUGUUUAGUCCCUUGCCAAGUUUUCAUCAUCAUCAACCCACAUUUAUUUACACUUCAAGAACAUAUAUCAACAUUCCCCUUUCCCGUGGUAUCUCAGGUGCUUCGUCCUCUUCCCCGAACAAGUCGACACUCACUCAGCUUGACCACUUAUUACCCUAUCCCCCCCUCCCUCCCCCUCUUCCAUCCCCCAACGAGCAAACGACUUAUUCUCUGCGAGAUUCGACGUGCUUUCAUACAACAGCAACACCUCCAAAAAAAAAAACUAGAAAAGAAGACAACAACACAAUCCAAGAUGGAUCACAGGGACCCGACGAGCUCGGCCUGGACGGAGUCUGCGGUGUCAACACGCAAGAACUCGGCGGAAUGGCAAACGUCAAGGCCAAGCUCCCCCAGGCUGGCACCUCUGGACGUCAAGUUCGACAAGGGCAAGAUGCAUGACAAGGAAACAAACGUCACACCCAUCAUCGAGAAGGGUGCCUCGCCCGUCCACGACAACCACGGCCACGGCCACGUCGACAUCAACGACCCGAACCGGCCGAGGAUGACCUGGAAGGCGCGUCUGCACCACUUCACAUGGGCGUGGUACACGCUCUCCAUGAGCACGGGAGGUCUCGCCCUCCUCAUCUUCGCCCAGCCGCACCAGUUCCCCGGCCUGCGGCAGAUCGGCACCGUCAUCUACGUCAUCAACCUCAUCAUCUUCACCCUCAUCUGCUCCGUCAUGCUCGCCCGCUUCCUCCUGUACCCCGGCGACUUCAAGAGGUCGCUGACGCACGAGCGCGAGGGCUUCUUCUUCCCGACCUUCUUCCUGUCCAUCGCCACCCUCAUCACCAGCACGAGCCGCUACGCCAUCCCCGAGAACGACGAGACCCUCGUGUGGGCGAUCCAGGUCGCCUUCUGGGGCUACCUCGUCGUCACGCUCAUGCUCGCCAUCGGCCAGUACAGCUUCGUCUUCGCCAAGCACAACUUUGGCCUCCAGACCAUGAUGCCCACCUGGAUUCUCCCCAUCUUCCCCAUCAUGCUUACCGGCACCAUCGCCUCCGUCAUCGCCGACACCCAGCCCGAGAUCACCGCCGUGCCCAUCGUCGUCGCCGGCCUCACCUGCCAGGGCCUGGGCCUGUCCGUCGCCGUCCUCAUGUACGCCCACAUGGUCGGCCGUCUCAUGUCCGCCGGCCUGCCCAACCGCGAGCACCGCCCCGGCCUGUUCAUGAACGUCGGCCCCCCGGCCUUCACCGCCCUCGCCCUCAUCGGCAUGGCCAACGGCCUGCCCAACAACCUCGACCCCGACCGCGACGGCAUCAUCAUCGACGCCGGCAUCAUCCGCACCAUCUCCCUCAUGGCCGCCAUCUUCCUCUGGGCCCUCGCCGCCUGGUGGUUCGGCAUCGCCACCAUCGCCGUCAUCUCCUCGCCCCCCGUCUACUUCCACCUGGGAUGGUGGGCCAUGGUGUUCCCCAACACCGGCUUUACCCUCGCCACCAUCACCAUCGGCAAACAGCUCGGGAACGAAGCCGUGCUGUGGUUCUCAACCGGCAUGAGCGUCUGCCUCCUCCUCACCUACUUGUACGUCCUCUACCACCACAUCAGGGCCGUCGUCAUCCAAGACAUCAUGUACACCAUGAGAGACGAGGACUUCAACGACCACUAAAGCACCAAGCGAAGUGGAAGGUGUGUUUGUGUGUGUGUGUGUGCGUGUGUGCGUGUGUAUGUUUUUGGGGGACGGCAGCAAAAAUGGUGUCGACAAAGGGCGGCCUCACGGGGCGAGUGGGCGUCCACCGGAGACUGAAUACGAGAUUGGGUAAAUGGUCACAAGCGGUUUGUUUUUGAGCUCACUGUUCAUUCCGAUGUUCACAGCAACCAGAGCUUGGAUCUGGGAAAGGGUUUUCAUGGCAAUAUUUCCGCUCCGGCUGAGCGAAGUGGCGUUAUCAUUAUUGGCAAAGAUGGGGAAAGAGAACGAAGCCAUCAGCAUAUUACCAUCAUCAUCAUCAUCAUCAUCAUCAGCGUCAGAGAAGCGCGCGGAUU